UCAUGCAGCAGGAGCUGGAACAGCUGACCAAGGAGCUGAGGCAGGUUAACCUGCAGCAGUUCAUCAAGCAGACCGGCACCAAGGUCACAGUGCUGCCGGCUGAACCCUCCGAGGAGGACAGUCCUCACAGCACGCAUGGCAUAGAUUUAGUUCCCCUGUCUGGCUCCCUGAAGCGCCCCGUUUCACAUGCAAUGUCUAGUCACCUCCGGGUCCUCCACAGCCCCCUGACUUCAGGCCUGAACCCAGAGGGGAUCUAUGUGUGAACCGUCUCCCACCCUGAGCCCAGAACACACGUCUGUAAGUGGAUAUCUUUGUUCAGGAUACUUCAGUGGAACUCUACUAUGCACUGUCUCGAAUACAGGAGGCACCCUGGAGUGUGAAGACUCACAGAGUGAAGGAACAAAGAUGAUUUUGACAAGGAAGUCAUAGAGCACUUAGUGGGAAUGAAAGAUGUAAUGGUGCUCAGUUUCUGAACUUACGAGGACUUCAAAAUCAAUAUCAGGCUGUUGUGGACGUCCUUUAUAAACAUAUCCACUUAACGUACUUUUACUCUCACUUUAUUACCUACUGAAUGAUUUGUAUUGUUUUCUCACUUGCAUCAUGAUUCUAAACGAUUGCCUUUUGAACAGUAUUCUUGACAACCUUGGUAUGUGAAUUUAUGAAUUAUACCUCUAAAGUUAUAUGUAUUUUCGGCAGUGAAAACAGCAUAAUGAAUUGUUCUUAUAUAAGAAAGGAAGGAUCCACUUGUGUCAAUACUAAACCAGUCUAGAAUAUAUCGUUUUGCAUAUCAGAAUGUAUUCCUGUAGCUCUGAUUGUCUGUUCAUGUUAAAACUAUGCACAACUGGUCAAUAGUUUUGUUACCGAAGAAUGUUACUGUCCGUAUGUACCAACAUGUUGGCUAACUGUAAAUAUGUUUUCUUACUUUUCAGCUUUAUUUAGAGAAUUAUUAUAUUUUAUUACAGAGGUUACAGAAUAUGCAGUGCCCUCAUUCCCGCUACAAUGUCUGCAUAAUGAAACAGUGUUAAUUACCCUCUUAAGCUUUUAUUUGUUGUUUAGAUGACUACAUGGUAUGUUUUUGCCAAAUGUAUUAUGCUUUUUUUGUCUGUGUAAGGAUUGGUGGCCAAAGAUUAGCAGGUCUUGUUGCAUGAUUGUCAUACUAUAACCAUACAUGGAUGUGCAGAGCACCCGCAGUACAGUAAAUCAGUUAGUUGAAUCUAAAAAUGGUGGCAUGCUAUAAUACAAUGGAUAGCUACGGUGUGUAUGAGAGUGUGAUUGAGUCAGCGAUUAAAGAGAUUUGUGUGUGUGCAGGGUCGGGAAUGUCAAGGUAUGAAGCCCCUCUUAGGUUGUAGUGCAGCUGCUAAUCACAUCAAAGUGCCUUAUUCAUUCCACAGUUGGUGUGUUCAUAUGAUGACAGCAAAGCUUUAGUAGAAAACAUUGAAGCAAUGAUCUAGUCAGUUUAGAUCUGAUGUUGCUAGAUGUAUUAGUGGCACAUUGCUGCACAGAGAGAAAUGGCAAUAGCACAGCAUCAAAGAGAAAACUGUAAUCAUGUUUUUGUCAGUAUUUUAUAAAAAAAAUCAAUGGAGAAAAUGUUACUGAUAGCGUGUCUCAUUCUGACAAUGUAUUAUUGACACCAUCAUACUAUGUGAUGUAAAAUGCAUUUACAUUAUCCGAUUUAUUUUGUCAUCAUACAACACAUACUGUUUACUGUAAUUACCAGAAUAAGAAAUGUAUUGAUCCUGAGAGAUAUAUAUUAGAGUUAGAGAACAUCAGUACCAUUAUUACAUUACAUGUUAGACGCUUUUAUCCAAAGCGACUCACAUACUCAAUACUGUGGGCAAUCCCCACAGGAGCAAUUUGGGGUGAAGUGUCUUACCCAGGGACACAACGACAUGCUGACUGCAGUGGGGUUUGAACCUGUGAUCCACUGAUCCGAACACCAACGCACUAGUCCAAUGCACCACAGCCUCCUGGGUUCCAUCACCCAGGAAUAACUAGUAAAUGUAAAACAGAAGCAAAGUCCACCCUUUAACAUUUAGCAUCUACAAAAACCCUCAUCAGGACAUACCGUUUUAAAUUCUUAGGUUUGAGAUAAUCUCUAUAUCGGGGCAGAAUUUCCCUUUAAGAAAUCACUUGUGUGCAUUGUCCACCUGUGGAUGAGAUGUAGUUUUGGUCACUGUUUACAACCAUAUAAUGUUCUAUAGAACUGUACGAUGUCAACUGUACAUAACCUGUUUUUAUUUUUGUCCUGCCUUAAUAUACUGCAAGUGUUGACAGAUGUAUGGCUGUAACUGGCUGCUGAUAUGACAUGGAUUGCAUGAUUCAAUAAACCAUCUGACAAAAUGAAAA